AUGGUUAAUUUAAGCCUAUUUCAGAAUAGCUCCACUACCACCACCAACAACAACAACAACAAUAACAACAACAACAAUAACACCAACAAUGAUAAGACGGAUACUAUCACAUCGAACAGCAAUAGCAGCAAUAAUAUUUCAACACGUGUUAACAUGUCUUUAGCACUGGGUUUGGAAGCUAGCCCGAAUAGUAAUAGUCCAGAAUUACGUCCACUGUCUCGUACGAGGACCAGGUCGAUAUCAAUAUCUCGUUUUCUAUUUAAUAGGGAUCAUGACACACCGGGUACCCCUUCAGUCAACACUGCUGGGAAUUCCUUAGAAAACAGCUCUUCAGAAUCAACCGUAUCUGGAGCUCCGUCGGAUCAAACUAGCAACAACAAUGGCAGUAAUGGGAUGAAUAGGUUGAAAAACAUGUUUCGUUUCCCUUCCAAUUCAGUAUCUUCAGCAGACUCCAAAUCACAGGGUCAGAGACAGCGGUCGCUAUCGUCUCCAUUUCGACAAAGUGGCAGGGACCAUCACCACAAGAAAUCAUCCAGCAUCAAUCACUUAUCUGUAUCGCUGCCUCCGCAGUUACCUGAAAUUGUGACUGAUGCGCCAGAAUCUCAUGAUUUAGCAGAAGGUACAAGUCCUGUUGUUCAUUCAAACCCUUACUUCCAGUAUCAGGGACUACCUCCACAUUUAACAACAUCUACACCACAACAACCAAACUUGUUGACUACAAAUAAAUCUGAACUCUCGGUUUCGUUGAGACAUAAUGAUUCUAUUUAUUCAUUGAAUGAGCAUGAUGUGUUACAGCCACCACCAAAGAUACAUUAUAGUCAAUCUUCUUUUUCGGGUGACGAUGAGUCAGAUGAUGAUAUUAACAACACCAAAAUUGGCACUGACAACUCUACAUAUCUUGAGCCACCAAGGCCAGAAGCUUCCCCAAUAAAAGAAGUGAAUGGAGAGCCAGCGCUUACACCACCUCCAUCGCCAUUUCAAAGGGCUCUUCGACGUGUUGCAUCUGCUCCGCUAGUACAUAAAUUGAUGAAUGAUAAAUCAGCAAGUGACGUAUCUUCUCCACCAUCACCAACACCCCGCAAAGAACAAGAACCAUUUGAUAUAAGUAAACAUAUUGGAGAAGUUACAAUCACAGGCCGUCCUCGUACUUUAACUCAAGAUCGUACUUAUUCGCAUGCCGCCACUCGAAUAGUUGAUGUACAAGUAAGUCCCAGUAGUUUUGAAAAAAUUCGACUUUUGGGAAAAGGCGAUGUGGGAAAAGUAUACCUCGUGCGAGACUUGCAAUCAAAUAGACUCUAUGCCAUGAAAAUUCUUAGCAAAAAGGAAAUGAUUGAACGAAACAAGAUUAAACGUGCAUUGGUUGAACAAGAAAUUUUAGCAACUUCAAACCAUCCAUUCAUUGUUACGUUAUACCAUUCAUUUCAAUCAAAAAAUUUCCUUUAUUUGUGUAUGGAGUAUUGUAUGGGUGGUGAGUUUUUCCGAGCUUUACAAACAAGAGAAUCGAAAACUAUAUCUGAAAACGAUGCCAAAUUCUAUGCCGCAGAAGUAACGGCUGCGCUAGAGUAUCUUCAUUUAAUGGGAUUCAUAUAUCGUGAUUUGAAACCGGAAAACAUCUUGUUGCAUCAAUCAGGUCAUAUCAUGUUGAGUGAUUUCGACCUAUCAAAAAGAAGUGAAAGAGCCAAAAACCCCGAGAUUGCAUUCAACAAAAAUGGCUUAUCAUUAUCAUCAUCAGGCACAUAUUCACCACAUCAUGGCCCUACAUUGGAUACUAAAGCAUGUAUUGAUGGGUUUAGAACAAAUUCAUUUGUUGGUACUGAAGAAUACAUUGCUCCUGAGGUCAUACGUGGUAAAGGUCACACUAGUGCUGUUGAUUGGUGGACAUUGGGGAUAUUUAUUUAUGAAAUGUUGUAUGGAACAACUCCAUUCAAGGGCCAUGAUCGUAAAAAGACAUUUGCUAAUGUAUUGAAACGAGAUGUUAAAUUUGAUUUAGUCCCCACACAACAAUCAGUUUCAUCAAAUUGUAAAAGUUUGAUCAAGAAAUUGUUGAUUAAAGAAGAAGAUAAACGAUUAGGGUCUAAGACUGGUGCUUCUGAAAUUAAGAAUCAUGUGUUUUUUAAAAAUACUCAAUGGGCAUUGUUAAGACAUCAAAAACCUCCAAUGAUUCCUGUAUUGACCAAAUCGAAAAAACAUCGUGAUCAAAAAGAACAACACGGUGGAAAAGAUGGAAUUAAGGGGAACGGUACUACUGGAGGUGCUGAAUCACCUGAUGUCAGUAAUGAAGUCCAUUCAAUAGCUGAGAGCGAUCCAAAUGAUCCAUUCGCCAAAUUCAAUUCAGUGACAUUGCGAUAUGGUGACGAGGACAAUGCAUUUGAGUUUGGGGAUGAAUGUGGUGGUGGGGUGGUCAACGGUAUCUGUCUUGAUUCGUCAGUUGUGUAUAAUCCAGAAAAGACUACGGCGUAUACUAGUGUUGCUUAUACUAUGACAUCACCUGAUAAUGGGACUUCAAAGAGAGGGUUUUUGCGAAGAUGA